AUGGUAAACUCAACCGGAGUAGGGUCGCAAUCUUUGCUCUAUGUACUUUAUGAACAUGCAUCUGGUUAUUCAUUAUUUCGCGUUCAUGAAUUUGAAGAAAUUGGAAUGUUAUUACCACAAGUUGAACAAAGUGUACUGGAUUUAUCUAAAUUUGCUACAGUUGUUAAACUUAUUGCAUUCUUUCCAUUUCAAUCGGGUAUCAAUGCGUUGGACAAUACAAAUUCAAUCUCAGAAGGUUUAGUUCAUGAUGAUUUACAUAAUUUUCUCGAAACAAAUUUACCAAAACCAAGUAAACGUGCCAAAAUGAUACUAGGUGUAGCUGAUUCGAAAAUAGCAUCAACAAUCAACGAACAAUUCAGUAUAACAUGUCAGCAUACUGGUGUUAUUCCCGAAUUAUUACGAGGUAUUCGUGUCCAUUUCCCAAAUUUGAUCAAAGGCUUAACUGAUCAAAAUCAGAAUAAAGCGCAAUUGGGUCUUGGUCAUGCUUAUUCACGUGCCAAAGUUAAAUUCAAUGUUAAUCGUGUAGAUAAUAUGAUAAUACAGUCGAUAGCUCUACUUGAUCAACUUGAUAAAGAUAUCAAUACAUUCGCAAUGAGAAUUCGAGAAUGGUAUGGUUAUCAUUUUCCUGAGUUAAUUAGAAUAAUUCCAGAUAAUUACACGUAUGCACGUGCUGUUUAUUUAAUUAAAAAUCGUAAAGACUUUAAUCAUGAAUCACGCGAAGCGGAAUUAGAAGAAAUUAUUAUGGAUACAGGAAAAACACACGCAGUUUUCGAAGCCAUGAAAACAACAAUUGGUAUGGAUAUUUCACCGAUUGAUUUAAUUAAUAUCGAAUGUUUUGCCAAUCGUGUUAUACAUUUAUUUGAAUAUCGUAAAAGUUUACAAGAAUACCUUCGUAGCAAAAUGACACAAGUUGCACCAAAUCUCGCCACAUUAAUUGGAGAACAAGUAGGUGCACGUCUCAUCGCACAUGCUGGCAGCUUGACAAAUUUGGCAAAAUAUCCAGCAUCAACAAUUCAAAUUCUUGGUGCUGAAAAAGCUCUUUUUCGAGCGCUCAAAACAAAAGGUAAUACACCGAAAUAUGGUCUUAUUUUUCAUUCAACGUAUAUUGGUCGAGCAAAUACACAAAAUAAAGGACGAAUAUCACGAUAUUUAGCCAAUAAAUGUGCUAUUGCAUCAAGAAUCGAUUGUUUUUCUGAUGUUCCAACCACCAUGUUCGGUGAACGACUUAAACAACAAGUAACAGAUAGAUUAAAAUUUUAUGAUAGUGGUGAAUUACCGCCUACCAAUGUACAAAUGAUGGAACUUGCUGUUAAAGAGGCCGAAGAAGAACGUGCUUCUAUAUUGGUUAAGGAGAAAAAACGUAAGAAAAAAGAAAAAAAACGACAGAAAAAAGAACAAGAAACACUAGAAGAGUCUCUGGAGCGCAGUACAUUGAAUGGAAAAUCAACCGAAGAUGGAAAUGGUGAAAUGGAAGUAGCUUAA